AUGGCCAAGUACGCAUUCAUCAGUAUUCAAGGUGGCCAGACAGUCAGGGAGAAGGAGCUCGCAAUAUCUCAAGCAAAGUCGCAUGCUGCUCGAGCUGCACACCGGACCAAGAAGUUGAUUCUCUUGUCCGCGGGCAAGCCGGAGAAGACGGCCCAACCGGAGAAUAAUCAAGUAGCGACGCAGACACCAGCAGCAGAUCCAAGUCCAUGGCAUUGGUCCAAAGGUGCCAGGAAGGACCCCUUCAAUUGCAUCCCUGGCAGUGAUAGCGUCACCGCCGGGAUAGCUAUCGACUUUAUGCACAAUGUUGUCUCUCCGAUUCACGCCGCUAUUGCGGGCACCUUUGGCGUCUCUAAUCUCUACGGGUCUUGGCUUCUCGAACAGAUGGCUUCGUCCAGGGACGUUUUGGAUGUCGUGGUGGCCAGCAUGUUAUCCCUGGCUAGCCCAUUGAUGAAACUUGCCCCCGCUAGCCAACAGAUCGUGACUGGUGUCUACCUCCACAAGGAGGGUGCCCUCGCUCAACUCCGGAAUCGAAUCGAGCUCUCCGAUGCGGGUAUCGACGAUAGCCCCAUAUUGACCGUGAUGUUUCUUGCCAUCCUCGAAGGUUCCGAGCACAAUCGUGACGCCGAACGAGCCCAUAGGUCCAAAGCUGCUGCCAUGGUUAAAGCACGGGGUGGCGCUAACGGCCUGAUCGCGGUACCCUGGAUCCAGGCUUUGGCCUCUCAAUUUCAGAUUCAGGACUCGCUAUCAGCCGACGUGGAAGAAUUCGAUUUCCUGGGUUUCGACGGACCUCGACCCGAAACCUUCGAGAUGCUAACACACGAGGACGCCCUGAUCUCAAUGCCUCCCGGAUUUGCUCCCCUUGCUGAGAGGGGAAUGCUCGGUAAAGAAACCAUAGCCAUAAUCAACCGACUUGCUCGUCGAGAUUACACCGUCAAUCCAUGGCCCGUGAACGAGGCCGUGUAUGCACCGCUCAAGGAUUUUUGUCCUGCAGUCUACAGCAAGAGGCUGUCAGUGGACAAACUCGUCUGUCUCGGCCUAGUCCGUUAUGGAGUCCUUAGCAUCGUGGGAAGGGAGUUCCGAGCAUGUGUCUUCCACAGUGUGACAGAAGCGUUGGCAAUUGCGGUCAGAUCCAUCGAUCCGCCCGUUGAAAUUGAAUAUCGACAAUGCUUGAUCUGGAUCUGGCUCGUAGCUGUGAAUUCUUGGUUGAUUGGCGGUGGAGAGCUCGAAGUCGAAGGUGUCGUUCUGCUGGCCCAGAUGCGGUCACACUUCCCAGAGACUAACGACUGGACAACCGAUGAUGUAGAGGCAUUGGGGGCUAGAUUUUUCUGGUGCACAGCUUUUCACGAGAUGGUCAUGAUAAAUUGGACCUGA